AUGAAAAUCAAGUUUUUGCCUUUGUUCGUGAUCAACUCUAGAUACGAACUAGUAUGUGGUCCAUUAAGUUUGUAUCGAAAGGAGGGAAAGGCGUUGGCUCAAGCUCUUCCGAUAUAUUUUAUGUCGUGUUUCCUACUUUCCAAAGCUAUCCUCUCCAAGUUAAGUAAUGCUUUUGCUAAUUUUUGGUGGAAAACCAGAGCAGAGAGCAAUGGCAUUCAUUGGAUAGCUCGGGAUAAAUUGUGUACCCAAUUUUUGGAAAGAGGACUUGGAUUCCAGACCUUGGAGGAAUUUAAUGAAUCUCUUUUAGCUAAACAAUUAUGGAGGCUUCUUCGCUUCUCAAACACUCUUUUGAGGAGGGUUUUGAGGGGUAGAUAUUAUUGGUAUAGUGACCCUCUGCAAAUAGUUAAAGCUAAUCGUCCCUCCUAUGGAUGGAGGAGUAUUUUUGCUGUGAAACCUCUGAUUGUCUCAGAUCUUCGCAGAACUAUUGGUUCGGGAAUGCUUACUCGAGUUUGGGUUGACCCGUGGAUCCCCAUAAUUCCACCUCGACCUGCUAAAACUGUUCUCGCUUUUCAGGAUCUGCAUCUGUAUGCUAAUGAUUUAUUGGAUAGGGAUAACCAUCAAUGGAAUCUCGACCACUUAAAUGCGUUGGUGGAUCCAAUGGAUAUUCCUCUUAUUCUUGGUAUUCGUCCUAGUCGGACUUCCCUGAGUGACGAGUAUAGUUGGGUGCAUACAAAAUCUGGAAACUAUAUUGUGAAAUCAGGAUACUGGGCCGCGAGGAACCUUUCUCGCCCUUCUUAUGACCGCCCUUUUCAGGGACCGGAUGUUUCGGUACUUGGGGCACAAGUAUGGAAAACUAAAACCACUAGAAAGCUAAAGAAUUUUAUGUGGCAAUGUCUCUCGGGUUACGUAGCAACAUGUCAAAGAAUUUUUGAUCGGCAUAUUGGUAACGAGAGAGGAUGCUUCAGGUGUGGCUUUAGAAAGGAGACGAUUAAUCAUCUCCUUUUUGAGUGCCCUCCUGCUAGGAAAAUUUGGGCUCUCUCCUCUAUUCCAACUUCAGGGACGGUUUUUCUCAAACAUAAACCGAUUACGGGCUUUCUCAAACAGACCCCGGAUAAGACCCUCCUGUUAGCUACACACGAAGCUCAAGUGUGGAGGCAAGCUAUGGAAACAGACGUCGCCUUAGACCCCCCGUCCAUUAAACUGGAAAUUUCCAGAUCCCCAUGUAUUCCACCCUUGGAAUGUCAAUGCGACGCUUCUUGGCUUGAUUCUGAUCCUUUCAGUGGCAUGGGGUGGAUCUUGCUGGAAGCUCGAGGAAAUUCCUUGAGAGGUCACUCUCGGAUUGGCCUCAAAAGCGUCAGAAGGAGUUUGUCGCCCCUCCAUGCCGAGUUCGAUGGCCUUCUUUGGGCUAUGGAGUGUAUGAUAGAGAUUGGUCAGAGUGAUGUCUACUUUGCCACAAAUUGUUCGGAUAUUCUCGCUAUUUUGUAG